AUGAACCAGCUUACUGGAUUUUUCAAAUCCAGAUACAUAUCUCGUGAACCGGCUUUUGAACUUUACCGUUGGAUGGAGCAACUGAAGACCAUCUGGAAGAAUAAGAAGACCUACCGCUGCGCUGGCAACAAUGCCACUUGUCACGCCAUGCUCCUUCCGGCUGAAGCCCUAGAAGCGAACUACUGCGCGGAUCUGGGUGACUACGAGACCAUAAACGUGCAGGUGUUCUUCUACGAUCAGUUUUCGCCUCUACAGCCGUCGCUGAAUGUACAGUACCCGCAGUUCAAUUCCACCGAACAGGCGUCACUGGACGUCAAUGAGUACAAUAUCCUCUUCCGAACGACUUCGUAUCGGUUUAUGUACGCCAUCUCGGCCGCUCACAUG